AGAACGCUCAGGCGACAAGUUGUAGCCUACGCUAGUCGUUGUCAAGACCUGCAAAAGGUCGCUGAUGAAGCGUGUUGCGUAUCGAGAUCAGAGAUAGAGAUGGCUGAAAGAAGGGUCUCAGAACUGGAACGCCACGAGGAAAGAAGAGAAAAUGAGGCGAAGUCUCUGGAGCAAAAGGCCUUUGAAGCUCUAACGGAAUUAGAAGAGAGGACGAAUGGGGCAAUUGAUGAGGCACAUUUAUCCGUUCUUCGACUACAGCUUCGAACUUCUGCCAAGCUAUACUCAAUUAAGCACCGCCACGACUCGGAAAUCAAGAACAAGGAUCAACAGAUAGCAGCAUUGCACACGAUUGUAGACGCUCAAACCCAGCGCCUCGAUAAAUUCGCUGGAGCCUCCACGGAAUCUAAGGGAGCUGCGGAGAGUCCGAUCACUAAGAUUGAAAGGGAGAAGGCAACCAGCUUGACGAUACGCUUACCGAAUCCCAACUCACUCCGAGCUCGUCAGGAAGGCAACACGUCUAACGAGAGUUCGCCUACCAAGUCUAGUGAUGCUCCAUCAAUCAGUACCUCGGCCACCUUUAGCGCUUCUGCUUUGGCAAACGCGAACCAGCCUGAGCCCUUUAUAGCGUUGAACCGAUUGGCAUCCACAGCUGCUAGUCACGGCGCAGCAUUGAAUGAGGCCUUUUACACUGCGAAUACUAGGCCCUAUAAUUACCUAGGUCAUGCGAGGAAGUCCACAUAUGACAAAGGAGUAUCUACAGUGGAGAAUGACCUAGUAGCUGGAACUCAGGCUAUGCCCUUAGUCUCACAGGCACCUACGACGACCGGAACUGCAUCCAACCUGGUUGAGGGCGCGACUUCCAAGAAUUUUGUCGGCUCGCACGAGACACGUCUGAAAGCUGUAGAAGACCGACUCCGCGCCGCGGAGAGACGCCUCCGUGACGCAGUCAUAGAAAACCUAGAGCUCAAAGACAAGAUGGAGGUCGUCGAUGGACUUGAGGAAUCGCUUCGGUCAACAAAGAAGCAGCUGAAGAAUACGGAAGAAAAACUUAGGGCUGCGAUUGACGAGAACUCGGAUUUAC